CUCAGGCCCAGUUUGAGAACAGAAAAGUGCUGAACUUUGAUGCAGAGAUGGUUUUCUGGAGCUGUUUAUUGUCAAUCUCUCUCUGGCUCAGAGUGUCACUAGCGAAUGCCGGUGGAUGGAGCGCUGUAGUGAAUGAAUCAGUGGGUUUGUCUGGAUCAUGUGUGGUGAUUCCCUGUACGUUCAGCUACCCUGCUAAUGGAGGAACAUACAAAGAAUUUACAGGGAUUUGGUACAAAGGACAUUAUGAAUUAACAGUAUACGAUAGAGACACCUCAAAAAUCAGCGACGCAUUCAAAGGUCGCACUAGCCUCAUUGGUGAUUUGCGCAAAAAUGACUGUUCUUUGAAAAUCAGCUCUCUGAGCAGCAGUGACGCUGGGUCAUUCAUGUUCCGGAUUGAGAUUAAAGAUUUGGGAAAGUACACCUAUGUGGACAAUAAAGUUUCUAUAACAGUGAAAGAAACACCAGAGAAUCCUACCGUCUCUGUGGAAGAGGAAGUGACAUCAGGGAAACCGGUGACUGCCACCUGUGCCGUGUCUCAUUCCUGUCCGUCAGACCUGCCUCGUGUCACCUGGAGCCACGCUGGCACACAAUCGAGUCCAUCACAGCCACAAAAUCAUGGUCAAUGGAAGCUGACAUCUUACAGCCUGACCUUCACUCCUUCUAGAGAAGACCAUAAUAAGCAUCUUAGCUGCUCUGCAGAGUUUAAAGGGAAGACAGUGACAGGCUACAAAACACUCAAAAUUAGAUAUCCUCCAUAUGUCAACAUGAUCACUAAAGCCUCGGUGAAGGAGAAUGACUCUGUGGAACUGAUCUGCUCCAGUAACAGCAAUCCUCCUGCAAACAGCUACCAGUGGUUCAGCUCAAAUGGGACGAUGUUAGCAAAGAGCCCCACUUACAAACUAGAGAGAGUGUCUCGAUAUUCUGUGGCCAUUUCCUGUACAGCCAUUAACACAGAGGGAAAAAACAGUUCUGGUCCACAGAAAAUUAACGUACUGUAUCCUCCAUAUAAUGUCAGUGUGAUCACUGAAGCCUCAGUGAAGGAGAAUGACUCUGUGGAACUGACCUGCUCCAGUAACAGCAAUCCUCCUGCAAACAGCUACCAGUGGUUCAGCUCAAAUGGGACGAUGUUAGCAAAGAGCCCCACUUACAAGCUGGAGAGAGUGUCUCGACAUUCUGAGGCCAUUUCCUGUACAGCCAUUAACACAGAGGGAAAAAACAGUUCUGAUCCACAGAAACUAAAUAUACUUUAUCCUCCUGAGAUUAAAAGUGAAUCUUCUUGCCAGUCUAAGAUUUUGACGAUGUGUGUCUGUAUUGUGGACUCCAACCCUCCCAGCGAAGUCAAGUGGUUUGGUCCAGAUUCCUCGAAAGCCUUCUCCAGCACCAGCAUUAAACAAAAUGAGUCUCUUACCAUAUUCACCUUACAGGGUUGGCUGGGUUUCCCUGAGACUAUCCAGUGCUUUGCCAAUAACAGUCUGGGAAACUCCUCCAGAACUUUGGAAGCUCCUCAAAAUGACAUUAUAAUAUACAUUGCUGUUGCAUCAGCUGUCGUAGUUGUUUUAAUGGCCAUUUUAGUGUAUGUUGUGAUCAGACGCUGUGGCAACAGAGCUGCACAACUACGUGUAAUGAAGAAUGAGCAGAAUGAAAUGAAGACAAUCCAAAACAAUUAUUAUUUAGAAAACAGUAAAGAAGAGAAAGGCAGUGAUGGGGAUAUUUACACAAAUUGCCCGAAAGGACGUGUUUAUGACAAAUGGGGGUGUGACGUGAGACCAUUCUCAUCUGACCGCGCCUUGGAAGAUGAAGCAGUCUACGCUAACAUGUGAAGAUAUGAACAUGUCGUCCUACUAGAAAUGACACAUACAGAGAAAGACCAAAGAAGCAAACAAAAUUGUUGACUUUUGGAGAUCUGAUUAUGCACUGAAAAUGUUCAGAGCCAAAAAGGUCAAAAACACACUGUGUGUGAAUCUAAUACGUUCAAAAAGUUUUAAUAUAUAAAGACAAAAUAUGUUUAUAUGCACAAUUUGUAUAGUGCAACUGAGUUUAGAUGUCAUUCCAAGUCAUCAAAUAGAAAAAUAUACAAUUUUCAGUAUUACCGUUGUAAAAUGUAUUGUAAAGAUGAAUUGAAUGACUAAAAUUCUUUUUUGAAAGGUCUGUGGACUAAAAUAGCACAAUAAUAACUGGAGAACAGGUAAAUAUUGCAUUAAAGGAAUAGCUCUCAUGCUAUCCAUAGAUGAGUUUGUGUUUUCAUCAGAAGAGAUGUGGAGGAAUCUAGCAUCACUUGCUCACCAAUGGAUCCUCUGCAGUGAAUGGGUGCCAUCAGAAUGAAAGUCCAAACAGAUGAUAAAUACACCAAAAUAAUCCAUUAGUAAUCUACAUGACUCCAGUCCAUCAACUGAUGUCUUGUGAAGUGAAAAGAAUUUAUAAUUUCUUUUUUGUACGAAUGUAGUUUUAGGGUGAACUAUUGCUUUAAUGUAUAUUCAUGUUAUGUGGUAUUGGUUGGCUUGGGUGUGGGAAAAAAACAAAAUGUUAAACCAAUACCCCAUGGGAUGUAAUCUGCAACAUGCUUUAAGUUUGUUAAAGAACUGUUAUGUAAAAUUCUGUGCAAUCUUGUAUGCAAUCCAAUAUUAUAAGGCAGUUUCAAUUGUAUAUUAGGCACUAGAAUGCUUGUGAACAGAGCUUAAGAGCAGAUAGCACACAUGGUAUUAUGUUCCUCAAUUCUACACCAGCUUGCACAGACGUUUGAGAUUGUUUCAAAUGAAUUUUUUUGUUUUCAAAUAAAUAGGUUUCAUUUCAUUUUAUUAUUUUUUUUAUAAUGAAAAACUUUCCAACUAGCACAAUCAUAUAUAAUGAUCUAUAAUGUCUUAUAAUGGUAUAAUGGUCUUUAAGCUCUAGCUCUAAAUACUUCCUAAAAUUUCUCAUUUCUUGAAGUAUUUUGUGUAUGUAUUUACUGUUGCCCAACUCAAAUCCUUAUACUGUUUUAAGCUUCUGAGAACACAUCUUUUCUCCAGAAAUGAAAGUGAAACCACAAAGUUCAUUACAGAUUUUCUCCAGUCAUCUGAGGCCAAUGUAGUUUCAAAUUCUUGAAAUUCUGUGACUAAAUUAGCACUCCAAAUUUUGUAAAUUCUGAAUUGUGUAAUAUUAGCAGCACAUCAAGGAAAUAAACACAAAAG